CAGGUCUCCGGCACGGCCAUUCGCCCUACAGGAAUCUCUCGCUGUGCAGUAUGUGAAGUUCCCACCCAAAUCAUCGCGGUUCAUUCUCAAGAUACUGUAGUGCCUUCAUGCCCAGCCGGCUGGAGAGGACUAUGGACUGGUUAUUCAUUCGUGAUGCAUACGGCAGCUGGCGCUGAAGGAACAGGGCAAUCUCUACAGUCACCUGGUUCUUGUUUGGAAGAGUUCCGAGCAGUACCGUUCAUUGAAUGUCACGGACGAGGCACAUGCAACCACUACGCCACGAACCACGGUUUCUGGCUUGCUAUUGUCGACAGUGACAAGCAGUUCCGUAAGCCGAUGUCACAAACGCUCAAAGCGGGCGGCUUGAAGGAUCGCGUGUCGCGCUGCCAAGUUUGUCUGAAGAAUCGAUAA